UUCUGCCAGACACCGGAAGCGUUAGCUUGUUUUGUGUGAAACUUUAAACGGUUUGUUUCUAAUGAAAAUCCUCCUGUAAAGUGUUUUUUUUUUCAGUUCAUCCGAAUCAGCAGAACCUCGGAUAAAAUCAACCGACUGGACUUUGUUCUGUUCAUAUUCUGUCUGCUUUACUCCCGAUUUAUCUCCUAUUAACUCAGUGAUGCUAAAGUUAGCUUAGCUCGGUAGCUGCUAACAGACCUGUCAGGGUGUGAUGGAGACAAACUGUUUCUGAUGGAGUUUGUGUGAAGAAAAAGUGAAAAAUGUCCCAAAACGUCCAGAUUCUGAGAUCGUUGGUGGAGCAGAGACUAACUGCAGCUGCUGAAGAGAUAUUUGGGCUGUUUGAAAGAACCAUAGCAGAGUACGAGGAGGAACUUUGUCGAACUAAAGAAGAAAACCAGAGACAAAGACAAAUACUGGACGAAGUUUGGAACGAGAAAGUUCUGAUGAAGGAAACAGAUGUUCAUCAGCUUUCUGAAGUUAAAGAAGAGGCUCCUCAUGAGCAGCAGGAGUUAAGCCCCAGUCUGGACCAGGAGAACCCAGAGCCACAUCAUGUUAUAGAGGAGCAGGAGGAACUAUUGACCAGUCUGGAGGCUGACAUUGCUAAGUUCCCAUCCAGUUGUGUCCUUGUGAAGAGCGAAGAUGAUGAAGUGGAAGUUCAGUCGUCACAACUUCAUCACAAAAGAACAGAAGGAACAGUGAACGGAGAGGAAACAGAUGCAGUGGACUACGGAGGAUCAGAAUCAACCAGCUGCUUCCAUCCACAUGGAGAUUUACACACACAGACUGAAGACCCUGAAGACACUGACAACAAUGAUGGGGACUGGACAGAAACUGGAGAGUCAGAUUCUAUGCCUAACACAUAUAAUGAAACAAUAGUAAUGGAUGGGAAAUUUAAUGGCAAAAAAUGUUUCUUCUGCUCUCUGUGUGGCAAGAAAUUUGCCAACAAGACAAAUGUAAAAAGACAUGUUUUAAAGUAUCAUACAACACGACAAAUCUUAAGUUGUCCAUUUUGUGGUAAAACAUUUGGAGAAAAGGAGAAUUUAAAAAGCCACAUUGCAGUUCACACAGGAGAGAAAAGAUACAGAUCCUGUGUUGGGGACAAAAGCUGGCGUUUGCAAGUUAAAAGCCAUAAAUGCAUUGUUGAGUCAUUGCAGUAUCAUCAGAGUGAAAGUGUGGAGAAGAAAGAGCUUUUGGCCAAUGGUUCAACUGAACGGAUGGGAACUGAAGAUGGAGGAUCACAAGCAGCCAUUGACCAAGUGCAGACUGAGGAUUUAGAAUGUAGAGCUGCUCAAAACUCAUUUUGGAAGAGUAGAAGAAGAUUUCACAGCAAGGGUUUUCUCGAAACAACCAUGGGUUCUCACAAAGAAGAGAGACCAUUUGUUUGCCAGUUCUGUGGUAUUAAGUACAAGCGGUACAGCAGUCUGUCAUGUCACCUGAACAUACACAGAGGUGAGACACAAUUCCAUUGUCAUCUUUGCGACCAAAGAUUCACUCGCUGGUCAAAGUGGAGGAUACAUAAAUGUAUUCUCUGUAAGGCUUGUAACAGACGGUUCACUUGUCUGUCACUAUUUAAAAGACAUAAGUGUGGCCUUGGAUCAGGUGGUGAAAACUCUGGACACACAAACACAGAAUCGACUGUAGGGGACUGUGGAGGAGCAGAACCAACCAGGAGCUCAGAUUCAGAUCAGUAUCAACAACCAGAGGGUGAGACCGAACAUGGUUCUAAAUCAGGGGUUAACAGUGUUUGGAAGAAAAACAGUCAGAAGUCAGGUCUAAAGUCUCAGAUGAAAAGUAAAGUAUCUGCAACUGACAGUAGUUCCAAAACCAAUGAGAAAUCACAUGCUUGCUCUGAAUGUGGAAAGAGAUUUUGGACCAGGGCUCUUCUGCUGAUCCACAUGAGAGUCCACACGGGAGAGAAACCGUUCUGUUGUUCAGAGUGCGGUAAAAGGUUUUCUCAGAAGGCAAACCUGCUUCGACACAUGAUGAGUCACACUGGAGAAAAACCUUUCAGCUGUUCAGUGUGUACAGAACGUUUUACACAGAAAAACUCCCUUAAAAAGCACAUGAAUAUCCACAGGAGGGAGAAACAGUUUGUCAUUGGAUACGGACAAGAAAGCACCUUUCAGAAAAUUCAUCAAAGUUCACCAUUAUGAUGCAACAGGACAGUAUCAUAAAAAGGUACCAGUCAAACAAUGGUAAACAAUGUGGAAAACACAUUUUUUACACAGAGAAAUAGAGAUGAUGAUCAUGAUUGUGUAAAAAAAAACCAAAAAAACAUAUCUUAAAUUAUCACAGUAUCAGAAAUUUGAGGUAAUUGUAUUAAUAUCUGUCAGGUUGUCAUAACUAGUUCUGGGAAUAAUUUUAUGUUUAUUUAUCAGACAUAAUUAGAUUUUAAUGUAUUGGUUCCAGUUUAUGGCACAGCACAGGAAAAUAAUGUUAUAUGGAUCAUUACAAAAGUCAUCUGCUUCUAAGGCUAAAGAUGUUCAUUUUGUCUUCUGUUUAUGUAAAUAUACUAUUUUCUUUUGUUCAGACAAGGUAUAGUUUUUAGAUGUUACCUGCUUGACAGUCGGAUGACGCUUCUGAGGAAGACUGGAGUCACAGU